GAAAAAAAAAGAAAUUGUGAGUUAUUUUGAAGUAACAAGGUUGUCUGAAAAAGUGGAAGCAAGAAGGAAAAUUAGCAGGGGGCAAGGCAAGUCUGGGGACGAGACGACAUUAAAGAGAACAUUUAGAGUGUGUAGAGGGAGCGUUGGGUUGGCAUUUAAAGCUGAUAAGCCUAACAAAGGCUUAGCUCACAGAGAAGCUUGCUGUAAAUUGUAUUGUAUGGCCCCUCUUUCAUUUAACCAUUUACCAUCAUCAUCAACUUCAAUCUAAUCUCAUCUCUCUCUAUCCAAUAUUGGUUGUGCCAUUCACCGCUCAUCAUCAUCAUAUUCAUGGCAAACGACGCCGCUCUCAGAGCCUCUCUGCUUUGGCUGGCAGCACUUAUAUUGGCGGUUGGCAUAUUCACCCACUCUUUCAAGAAGAUGAUGACAACCUAUGUGUUGGGGGUUCUAGGGAUUGCUGGUGUCCUUCUACCUGAUUGGGAUUACUUCAACCGUGAUUUCUCUCGUUGGCCUUAUCCUGUUACCGCUGAGGAAAGAGCAGCUUUUUCUCUAAUUCAUGCCCAAGGAUCUGGAUUUAUGAGGUUUGCGAAUUCUCCAAUAAGGGUGAUUGCUUAUAGCGUGGUUUAUGGAUAUGCUAUGUACAAAUGGUGGGAGUAUGUAUCGGGCUAAUGAUUAACGUGUUUAGUAGCAGCACCAAUUGCUGAUUCUUCUGAACCCCAAUUUCAGCUGUACGUUUAAUUUUUUAUUUUUUUUUGUUGAUUUAAUUUGUCUCAUUUGGAGGAAUCCAUAAACCGUGCUAGUGACUGCCAAAGAGGUUUCUUCGUUUUUUUUCUGCGGAGUAGAAAAUCAAAAGGAUAACCAAAAUGAGUUCAUCCCCCUUUUCAUCUUUAUAAGGUUAAGGAGUCCUCCCUAUAAUCCCAAAAAUAAAGCUAUAUAUGAUAAAUGAUAAUGGUUCCUUUAAUUCAAUUAGUGCCAAUGUUAGAGAGCAUGCAUGGCACAGACUUAUCUCCCAAAUUUGCUAGACAGAGAGUUUUUCUUCGGGGCAUGCCUUGGUCAACUAUCUCACUUUUCUAAUUGACCAUCUGCUUACAGCAAAAUGUUUUCCUGCGGUUUGAAGAUUAUAUAUUUUAACCCUCAAAAAAAAUAUUACAUGUUUGUAUUUAUUUGGCAUAAACUGAAGGAUAUGGCAAGGUGUUAAACAGUUCAUUUAUGAGGUACAACUUAGGCUACAUAAGUAAGUUGCUUGUG